GUGGUGGGUAGUGAAAAUCUGGGUUUGAGGAUAUAGAGGAGAUUUAGGGUUCUGGGUUUAAUAGCAAAAAAGGGUUUUGUGUUUUAGAAUCAAAGAUUAGAUUUUUUUUAUUGAGAAAGUAGAAAUGGCGGCAAGAGUAGAAUCAUCCAUUGGUGGUGGUGAGAUUGGUGAAGAAGGUGAUGAGAGAGGUAGUAUGUGGGAUUUGGAUCAGUCACUUGAUCAACCUAUGGAUGAAGAAGCUGGUCGGCUCAGGAACAUGUAUAGAGAAAAGAAAUUCUCGGCGUUUUUGCUUCUGCAGCUUUCGUUUCAGAGUCUUGGUGUUGUUUAUGGAGAUUUGGGAACUUCUCCUCUAUAUGUUUUCUAUAAUACAUUUCCUCGAGGGAUCAAAGACCCUGAAGAUAUCAUUGGAGCUUUAUCGCUAAUCAUAUAUUCCCUUACACUCAUCCCUCUUCUCAAGUAUGUUUUCGUUGUAUGCAAAGCAAAUGAUAAUGGUCAAGGUGGAACAUUUGCUCUCUAUUCUUUGCUCUGUAGACAUGCAAAAGUUAGCACAAUUCCGAACCAACACCGUACUGAUGAAGAGCUUACUACUUAUAGUCGUACUACAUUUCAUGAGCAUUCUUUUGCUGCAAAAACCAAGAGAUGGUUGGAGAAAGGUAUCUCUAGGAAAAAUGCGCUACUUAUUCUCGUUCUUGUUGGUACGUGCAUGGUGAUUGGCGAUGGAAUCCUUACUCCUGCCAUAUCUGUUCUAUCCGCUGCGGGUGGGCUCAGGGUAAACCUUCCUCACAUAAACAACGGUAUUGUUGUUGUUGUUGCGGUUGUGAUAUUAGUGAGCUUGUUUAGUGUACAACAUUAUGGAACAGACAGAGUCGGGUGGCUUUUCGCGCCCAUUGUAUUUCUCUGGUUUCUCUUUAUUGCAAGUAUCGGUAUGUUCAAUAUAUGGAAACAUGACCCAAGCGUUUUGAAAGCUUUUUCCCCGGUUUAUAUAUAUCGAUAUUUUAAAAGAGGAGGCCAAGAUCGCUGGACCUCGCUUGGAGGCAUUAUGCUUAGUAUCACAGGGAUUGAAGCUCUCUUUGCGGAUCUAUCUCAUUUUCCAGUCUCAGCUGUGCAAUUCGCUUUUACUGUAAUUGUCUUUCCUUGCCUCCUUUUGGCGUAUAGCGGACAAGCUGCAUACCUUAGAAAGUACCCGCACCAUGUGGAAGACGCGUUUUAUCAAUCCAUUCCAAAAAGAGUAUAUUGGCCAAUGUUCAUAAUUGCAACUGCUGCUGCAAUAGUUGCAAGCCAAGCCACAAUAUCGGCGACUUUCUCGUUGAUCAAGCAAGCUCUUGCUCACGGAUGUUUCCCGAGAGUUAAAGUCGUGCAUACUUCCCGGAAAUUCCUGGGUCAGAUAUACAUUCCGGACAUCAAUUGGAUCCUCAUGAUCCUUUGCAUAGCUGUCACUGCCGGAUUCAAGAACCAGAACCAGAUAGGAAAUGCUUAUGGGACCGCAGUUGUGAUUGUCAUGCUCGUGACAACCCUUCUCAUGAUGCUGAUCAUGAUACUUGUUUGGCGAUGCCAUUGGGUUCUAGUCCUCUUAUUUACUGUUCUAUCCCUUGUUGUGGAAUGCACUUACUUCUCGGCGGUGCUCUUCAAGGUAAACCAAGGUGGAUGGGUACCGCUGGUUAUCGCGGCGGCGUUUCUCGUCAUCAUGUACGUCUGGCACUAUGGAACCCUCAAGAGAGACUUGCACAAGAAAGACGACGACUUUGAGAAACGGCUCUUUGAAAGCCUCUUCCUUUUCCUCCGUCUCGAAUCAAUGAUGGAAGGCUGCUCGGAUUCCGACGAUUACAGCGUCUGCGGAAGCCAACAACGACAGUCCAGAGAUGGGGUCACCGGGAAUGGGAACGAGAAUAGGAACCUGUCGACGUUUGAUACAUUUGAUUCUAUAGAGUCGGUUAUAGCUCCCACUGUAACAAAACGGACAAGCCACACAGUGACGGGGUCGAGCCAGAUGAGCGGAGGGGACGAGGUGGAGUUCAUAAACGGGUGCAGAGACGCAGGAGUGGUGCACAUAAUGGGGAACACAGUGGUUCGAGCCAGGAGAGAAGCAAGAUUCUACAAGAGGAUAGCCAUUGAUUAUGUUUAUGCGUUUCUUAGGAAGAUUUGUAGAGAAAACAGUGCCAUUUUCAAUGUUCCUCAGGAGAGCCUUUUAAAUGUCGGCCAGAUUUUCUAUGUUAAGAGAACAAGGGUUAUGAUGAGAGCUGGGCGCAAGCUCUACAGGCGUCAGAUUUAUGGGUUGUGUUUUGACUUGUUCGCCGAGCUUUCCCGUAAAAGGGAAUGGAAGAGGCCUGGAUAUUCUUCGUGGGCGAUGUUUCACUGUUAUAAACCACCGCCACCAAGCAAAUGGAAGAUUCCAAAACCGUUUACUGGUUGUAAGAAGCCUUGUGUUUUCUGUGAGUCUGCUGGACUACAGCGAGGAAAUAAAUCCAAGAAGCGAAAAACCCGUAUUGCUGCUAAGCAGCGUAACUCUGCUAUCUGUAAGGCUGCUAGAGUUCAGCAAGGAAAUGAAUUGAAGAAGCCGAAAAUGUAAGAAACAUAGAAAUUUGCUUCUUUAUAUGGUAGAUAUAUUGGUGUUGAUGAGUCGCUAUGUUUGAUUAUGCAGAGGUAUUAGUUUCU